CCUUGUCAAAGUUAAUCCCCGUCAAAAAAAAACACUAAUACUUAGUCAGAAACGAACCAAAUCUAGUGAAAUAUCACAUCAUCACCUGACGUUUUGGGCGCUCUCCUUUAACCCAUUAGGGGCCCCGUGGUUGCGUUAACCCAUUGGAUCCCAUGCUCCGCCUUUUGUGUGUGCAUAUAGCGCUUACACCAACACCAAGCCAGAUACGAUGGCUUCGCCCUGUCUCUCUCGCUCGCACUCUGUGGCGCCAUCUCGCUCUCGCCCACGAACGCAACUUCUUCGGCUCUGGCUUCGGGACAUCAGUGUGUGGUGCUUAUAUACGAAGCUUUCCCUGUGUGUAUUAGUGGGGGUGGGGUGGGGGCGCCAUUUAAAUUGCGUUUGCUGUGUUCGUGAUGCUUCUCAUUUGUUGGCUGAGAAUCCCAAAAGGCACGCACACACACACAGAUACGUAGAGGCGAAAAACCAGUUCGCCUAGUUGUCGCCCUCUCCUUCCUUCCAUCCUCUCCCCUCUCUCUCACACGCUCUUUGGCUCUUUGGCUCUCGGCCUUUGGCUCUGAUUUUAGUAACUUUUUGGUGCUCGCGGCAAUGGACGUCCUUCGUCUCGCGCCUCGCGCUUUGGAAACAACACAAACAACACAAACCGUUUAUAAGGCAACAAUAUAGUGAUCCUUUGGUGCAGCAAGGGACUUAAACAUAAGUGCUUAAUGUUCGUUGAGAAAGUGCAGUAUAAGUGCCUCUGAAAUUGCAAUUAGUUGAAUUUAAAUUAAAUUUAUUAGUUAAAAAGGAAAGACAGUUGGACAAUGCCAUGAUAUGAUGGCCCUAAAAAUGUUAUAUCGUGGUCCCAGUUCGCGUUUGGAGAAUUUAAUUGAAAAGAUCCAGGCCACCAAGGAGAUAACCAAUAACGAUAUGUACAGUACCCACACAUCGUCCAGUUAUUCGCCUAGUAUUUCCGAUGGCACCAUGACACCCAAUUCACACCACUUGCCCGGAGCUCCAACCGCCGCUGGUGGUCAGGAGGAUCAUCCGGCUGAGGGCAAAGCCAAUGGUGGCGCCGAUGGCGAGGAGUUGCCCAAGCCGAAACGUAUGCCCCACUUCCAUCACCACCAUCACCAUCACUACCACCAUCAGCAGGCAUUGAAAAUAGCCAACAAGUUGCGCAAAAUCAAUAAGGAAGCCAAAAUGGGAGCCACCGCAGGUGCUGGAUCCACUGGAGCAGCCGCCAAGUUUGAUAAGUUGACAGGAGAGGGGAUUAAAAGUCGUGGCGACGGCUCCUAUCAGUGUCAGUUCUGCGAAAAGACAUUUCCACGUCUCGGCUAUUUGAAGCAUCACGUACAGAGCCACGCUGAACACCUGCCUUUCAAAUGCGAAUACUGCUCCAAGCUUUUCAAGCACAAGCGUUCCCGCGAUCGUCAUAAGAAAUUGCAUACCAACGAGCGUAACUACAAGUGUCCCCAUUGCGAGGCAGCUUUUUCCAGGAGUGACCAUUUGAAGAUCCAUAUGAAGACCCACGACAUCCAAAAGCCCUUCCAGUGUAGCAUGUGUAACAGAGGCUACAAUACAGCUGCUGCUUUGACUUCCCACAUGCAAAAGCACAAGAAGAACGCAGCUAUCCUGGCAGCCGGUGGUAAUCCUAAUGCUCUGAACUAUAGUCCCCGAUCCACGGGAUCUGCCUCGGCAUCCGUUUCCAGUAAUGGUAGUCUGCAAAAGAGGAGAUACGCCUUGGCCCUGGCCUCAGAUAGUAGUCCCAGUAGAUUGGACUUUCCCAAGAGAUCGAGAAAUAGUCAUGUGGGUGGCACAACUGCCACGGCCACGCCCACUCCGCUGCUCAGGUGCACCUACUGUCCCAAGAUCACCGAGUUCAGUAGUCUGGAGCAACUGAAUGCCCAUCUCCAGAGUGUCCAUGAGCAGCAACAACAGGUUGUGAAGGCGGCGGUUCAGGAGGGCGAAGGCUUUCAGCUAAGCUGCGAGUACUGCACCAUGAAGUUCGGCAAUAUCGCUGGACUCUUCCAGCACAUGAGGAGCACGCACAUGGACAGGUUGAGCAGCCCGAACUCCUAUUACGAGCACUUCAACCGCCUGGCCACCGCUGGCACCUUCAGUCCACGUCUUGCUAUGGAUAUGCCCAAAAUUAAACCGGAUUUGGGCAGUCCGGAGAGAGAAUCGCGCCCUGUAGAGGACGAUCUUCCCACGGACUUGAGCAGCAACAAGAGGCGACCGCUGACACCCAACCCCCAGGCACAGGCUCAACUGGCACCACCAGCUGCUCCACCAGGGGUAUUCUUUUGCAAUCAGUGCAACGCGGGACUGCCCGACUUCGAGAGCUUCAGGAACCAUCUGAAGAGUCACAUUGCCGAGGGCAUGCAGCCGGUAUGUCCCCAUUGCGGUCUGAGUCUGCCAGAGCAGUCGGAGUUCGAACGUCAUGUGGUGGGUCACUUUCUCAUCACGGGUUCAGAGUUCAACUGUAGUUCCAGCUGCGGCAAGAGUUUUGCCAAAUCGGAGGAUCUGCAGCAACAUUUGCUUUCCGAGCACGUGCUAACCCUGCUGAAGUGUUCCUUGUGCUCGGAGGUCUGUGAGAGCCGGAUGGCCAUGCAGUUGCAUUUGGCCUGUGCUCAUAGUCAGGAAACGAAGCUGCUCCGGUGCAGCGCCUGCUUGGAGCUCUUCCGAUCCGAUGCCGAGUUCCAUGUGCACGUAAAGACGCGUCACCAGUUGGGCGGACAUCCCACGUUGGGCGCCACUUCUAAUGCGCCCACUAAUCCACUGCAGUGUAUGUUUUGCCGAGCAGUUUGCUCUUCCGAGCUGGAGAUGCACUUCCAUUUGGCCGCCCAUGCGCGACAGUUUAGAUGUCCCUCCUGCCCAGAGACCUUCCACGUGGAGUUCCUGCUCGAUCGUCACAUGCAGAGUCAGCAUGGAGGAGUCAAGGACAAGGAGGCGAACUCGCCCAACAUGGGCAGUCUCUAUGUGAACGCCUUGCUGCCUCCUUUGGCGGCAGCGGCGGCGGCAGCAGCGGCCACCAAUAACAACAGCAGCAUAAUUGACUACAAUGUGGCAUUCAAGGGUUUGUUCGGUGCAGGAGGAGCGUCAGGAGGAGCCGGAGCUCAGGCAGCCGGAGGAGCACCGCCCUCGGGCAACAAAUACUACAGCCCACUGCAAGUGGAAACCAAUGCACUGAAACCACAAACCUCCCCUCACCCGGCCUUGAUGUACGGCCUGAGUCAGCGGUAUCUAAUGGAGAUGUAUGCCGCCAAGUCCACUUCGCCCUCGGGCAAUGAGGGAGUUGGAAAUCCUCCUCCACCGGCGGCUCCUCAGGCCACCGCACCACCGCCGACAAACGCAACCACCGCCACCUUCAGUUGCGGCAUGUGCGAGCGUCAGGAUUUGCGCAGCGAGGCGGAACUGCACUCCCAUCGCAAACUGGCCCACAAUCUGAAGACGGGAGUGAGUCUGCGAUGUGCCUACUGUGCGGGAAACUUCAAGUCACGAGCCGAACUGGAGCAGCACAUGAAGAGCUGUCACAAUUCGACCGGCAAGCACAAGUGUUUGAUAUGCGAUGAGGUAUUUCCCUCGCCUGCCAUCCUCGCCGAGCACAAGCUGCAGCACUCAAAGGUGGGGCAGUCGGGAAAGUGCUCGCACUGUGGACAACCGCUGGAGGAUGUGGCCGCCUUCAGGGCUCAUUUGUCGGAGCAUGGCAGCGAUGGAGCUUCGCUGCCACUGGCCUGCAUUUGCUGCCGCCAAACGUUGCACUCGGAGUUCGAGCUCAGUCUGCAUGCCAAGUUCCAUACCAAGUCCUCCUCGAGUGGUGGCAGUCUGCAGGAGCCAGUGUGUGCCCUGUGCUUGGAGCCGCUACCCGAUGCCGUUGAGGGUCCGGCGAAGCUCUGCGAGAAGUGCUGCCGCAAGCACAACCUGAAUGGUAAGCGUGGCAAACACACCGAACCCAUCCCUGCAUCCCUGCAAGCACCGCCCAGUUCGGCGUUCGUGGAGAAUCGCUGCAACCUGUGCAAGAUGGUCCUGCCACAUGCCCAAAAACUGCAGGAGCAUCUGGUGGAGCACACGUUCGCGGGCACCGAACAGCGCGGCUUCAACUGCUACAUCUGCUCGGCCGUUUUCACCGCACCCGGCGGUCUACUCAACCAUAUGGGCGAGCAUGGAGCUCAUUCGCGACCCUACGACUGCAGUCUCUGUCCGGAGAAAUUCUACUUCCGGGCCGAGUUGGAACACCACCAGAGGGGUCACGAGCUGAGACCGCAGGCACGCGCACCAGUGCCGAAAGUGGAGAUGCCAACCGCCAACCGGCACAGUUCACCCAGCCAGAGUCCGGUGAGAAGUCCCACGAUUGUCAAACAGGAGCUAUACGAAACGGACACGGUGGAGUCCGCUGGCGGAGAAGAGGAGCCGGAGAGUAAUCCACCGGACGAAGAGGAGUACAUUGAAGUAGAGCAAAUGCCACACGAGACACGUCCAAGUGAGAUUGGGUCGCAAAUGGAAAGGUCCACCAAUAGCGCCUAAAAAAAGAGAAUUAGCAAAAAUACCCAACAGUCCGGAGUCUCUUGAAGACCCUAACCAGAUUUAAAACCAGUAAUUCAGCAGAGUCUUAAGCAUAAAGAAACAUAUUAUAGGGCUGCCAAGUAUCUAAAAGACUGUUUCCAAACAUGCUUUUAAAACAAUUCCGACAUUCAAUAUAUUUAUUUUUAUAAACAUUUUGGGACCCAAAUUUCGGCACCCAAAACUCCUAGAUCUUGCCACUUAUAAACAUGAAGCAGCAAAUGAAACAGUUUAGUAUUAACCAUAAACGUAUAAUUACAUACACCAUAAAUCUAACUUUGCAUAAAUCCAUACACAUUAAGUAAACGUGAAUACAUUAUCAAUAUUACACAUACGACUAGUGUACGCGUAGAAAGUCUUGACAUAAAAGAAAAGCAUUUGUGUGUGAUAGUUUUUCAAAGAUUCAACUCCGCUGUUUAUCCUCGAUUAUGAUUUACCUACUAUAGAUUUGUAUGUUAUAGGGCCAUGCCUUUGAUUCAGUAUUUAUAUUGUAUUACACGAUCCAACAAUAACUAACCAUGUAACUAUAAACGAUUAUACAAUUACAUAUGAGUGUGUACGACUUACAUAAGCACCAAAACAUUUUUAAUGUGUAGCAUAAAAAAAAACGCAAAACAAACGAA